AUGUACCCCCUUUCCCGAUGCGCAGUCGCGCGCACUCAUUAUCCCUCACACACCGUCAGUGCUUCUCUUGGUCUGGCGGCGCCUCACGUCACCAACUCGUUGCGGAAGUUGCUAAGCCAACAAGUGGCGUGCAGCUUUGCAGUUGGCAUUAUGGCGGCUCCCUUGAUACUGAAGGGUUCGCUGCAGCCCUCUGCCUCAGCUACUACGUGCAUGGCCCCGUUUCAUAUCGACAGUCGGAUGAAAGACUGA